UGCGCGCCGGAGCGCGGCACGUGUGGGCGGUGCCGCCAUGAGCUGCCCGGUGCCGUGCGCUGCCUGGGUGCGGCGCGGCGUGGCCAGGGAGAGCCCCGACAAGGUGCAGCUCAGCGAGGAGGAGCUGAAGGGUCUCAUCGAGGAGGCGCAGGACAGGCUGGGGGAUGGUGCUGGUGGCAGCAAUGAAGGUCAGACGGCAGGGGAUGCGAAUGUGGCCGUUCCUGGCAGCUCUCAGUCUUCCCAUAACAACGGAGACCUGUCUGAUCAUGAACUGGAUGAAUAUGAUUUGGAAAAUUACGACAAAGAGGAAUACACAGGUGAUUUACAACUUGGAGACUCUUUGGCUACUCUGGCAGUAUAUGGGAGUAAUGAUAAUGAUCCUUACAUCACUCUAAAAACCACUGAGCAAUAUGAACAGGAGGACUUUUUGAUCAAGCCCACUGACAAUCUUGUCCUUUGUGGCAGAGUUGAUAAAGACUGCUGUAGUUUGGAGGUCCAUGUUUAUAAUCAUGAAGAGGACUCAUUUUAUGUACAUCAUGAUAUUAUCUUGCCUGCUUACCCUCUAAGUCUGGAGUGGUUGAAUUUUGAUCCUAAUCCAGAUGAAUCAACAGGAAAUUAUGUUGCAGUGGGUAACAUGACCCCAGUUAUUGACGUUUGGGACCUUGAUGUAGUAGAAUCCCUAGAACCAGUGUUUUCUCUUGGAGGCAAGAAAGAGAAAAAGAAGAAAAAAAAAGGAAAGAAAAGUUUAUCUUCAGAGGGGACCGUGGAAGGACAUACUGAUGCUGUGCUUGAUCUUUCCUGGAAUAAACAAAGCAGGAAUGUUUUAGCAAGUGCAUCUGCUGACAAUACUGUGAUUCUGUGGGAUAUGUCUGUGGGUAAGCCAGCAGCCAGCCUGACGCUGCAUACAGACAAGGUGCAGACAUUGCAGUUUCAUCCGUUUGAAACUCAGACCCUUAUUUCUGGAUCUUUCGAUAAAUCAGCGGUGCUGUAUGAUUGCAGAAACCCCCAAGAUAACCAUCGAGUGUGGAGGUUUAGUGGUCAGGUUGAGAGAGUCAUUUGGAAUCACUUUUCACCUUGUCAUUUCUUAGCAAGCACAGAGGAUGGUUUUGUGUACUGUCUGGAUGCUCGUUCUGAUAAGCCCCUGUUUACUCUGAAAGCCCACGAUGAAGAGGUGUCAGGGCUACAACUAAGCAGUCAAGUCAAAGGAUGCCUUGUGACAUCAUCUGCUGACAAAUAUGUGAAAAUUUGGGACAUCCUGGGAGACAGACCAAGUUUAAUCCAUUCCAGGGAUAUGAAAAUGGGUGUUCUCUUCUGUGCUGCUUGCUGCCCUGACUUCCCGUUUGUUUUUGCCUUUGGAGGAGAGCGAGAAGGGCUGCGUGUUUGGGAUAUAAGCAAGAUUUCUGCAGUGAAUGAAGUUUUUGGAAACAGAGAGAGACUGGUUCUGGCUAGUGCCAACUCCGUGGCUUCCAGCUCCACAGCCAGCAGGAACAGCAACGACUCGGAGACAGCAAUGGAGUCAUGAUGGACCAAACAUCAAAAAAAUGGAGUAAUUAAUGGGACUAUGACUAAUGUAUAUUCUACAAAUGCCUGUUAGGUGAGAGUUCACGGAAAUGGCUCUGGUGUUUUGCAGUCUGCAGGCUUCUUCAUCUCAGACGCGGUGGUGUGGUUAAGCUCUUAAGUUCCUGCCUCUUAUUUCUGGCUUUGAAAGAUUAAAUCACUUGCUUUUGCCUGAGAUGAUGAUCCCUGAAACAGGGGCUACCAUGUGUAAAGCUGACAUAUGAAAUGCAACAGUCACUAGAAAAGCAUUCUGUGGCUACCAGAAGUUUGUUAAAUACUGCAAAGGUUUUGAUCUUCUAUCUUCUAAGGGCCCAAGAAAAAAUACUUCACGUGACAGUUGUGUAAUAAAUAAACAAAAGCUGAAUGAAAUGACAAGUGUAAAUAGAUAAUUUAUCCUUGAGGCUAGGCUUAUAGAUUUCUAAUACAAAUUUUAAAAUAUCUUCCAUGUAACUUUUUAAAUCUUAAGAGUAGUUCUCAGGCAAUAAAUAGUGUCCCCAAGUAGAAUCUUGAAAUGUAUUUCUAACAUUCAGCUAACCAAUAUCAAACCAGAAAUAUCCCAGCUCCAUCCAUCAAGACUGGGUGUUUCUUUUGCCUGGUUCCACAGCACCUGAAGCCAACUGAUGUUGCACAUGGUAUUGAGUUUUUCUUCAAGCUCCAACUGUAAUAUACUUUAAGAGAAUUUGAACUGAAAGAAGGAGCUGCUACUUGGAAAGGAUGAGAAGCUGUCAGGACACAAAGUGAGGGCUGGGAUCUCAGCAGGUCCCUGUCUCUGGUGAAAGCUCUGUGUUACGUACUCGUGUUCGUCACUUCGCCCAGGCAUUUAUGCCCAGCACCUGAAGGCACAGGAACGUUUUGAGUCUCAGCCAAACCACCAGCUAAUGCACUUUGUUUCCAGCAUCAGGAACCUAAUCAAGGAUUGUGACUCCAACAAUUUCCUUGCAUUUAAAGUGGAACACCCAAGUGCCUUACCCCAGGCCAAGAAGUUAAAUGAUCCUCUUACCCUCCUGUGAAGUGCUUCCCACUCCGAAGGUGUCUGCAAAAUGCCCUGGGUAUUAAAGCUACUGCUAUCAAAGCAGCUGUACUGUCACGGCUCAUAGCUGACAAGCGCUUCCCACUGCUUUCCACCCUAACACGCUGUAACUCACUCCGGUGAGAUGAGGCAGGUAAAUUGUAUCACUACAAACUGCAGAUGGGAAAAAGGGUGGGGAAAAGGGCUGGAGCUUUCCUUCCUAUCCCUCGAGGGUAAGUAAGUGGCUGCUUCUAAAUCCACUUCAGCUGUUUCUAGUCUGGUGACAGGUGUUCAGCAUGGCUCUGCAGGAACCAGGAAUAUUCAGGAUGGGUUGGAAUUCCUGCCUUCCUCCUGUCUCCGCCAAGCAGUAGUGAGUGAUGUGUGGAAGCACCAGAACAACUUCUGUUCAAGUGCUCUCCAGUGAAAAGCUUGAAGUUUUUUAAAGCUUUAAUUUGAAAUAAAUGCUUUGUGUUAAGCUCUUUGAGGGUAGUGAUUUCUCUUAUACCUCUAGCAUUAUAAUUGGCACUGUAGCUCUAGAAGUUGCUUUUUGUUUUAGGAAGAAACUGCAUCACUGGAAGCAACACAUCUUUCCCUUAACAAAAUCCCACAACUUGUCUCUGGAGCUUUUUAGUCACAUAGUGAUCUGAGGGCAAGCAUUUUUUGUUAAGAACCCUGGGAGCUCUCAAGGAAAUAUGGGGGACAGAGAAAAGUACAGCUGAGCUUGGGCCCUUUAGGGCAAGAAGCAGAGCCUCUUUCACAAGGGAACCUCCAAUUACCUUGUCAAGAAAACAGAGCUCAGCUGACUCUUCUUUUGCAGCACAGCCAGAGAAAUGACACAGCAAAUCUGCAGGGCUUAAAGACCAGUUCUUCAGCUGCACCUGUUCAUGGAGGUGCUCCUAUCUGUACCCUCUCAUAUCCCAGGAAAGCUUGUGAGAGGCAGAUGAUUAAAAAGUGUUGUUAUUUCUCUUAGCGUAUUUAUAGAAAUAGGAACUUUUUUUCAGAAUACGUAAUUAUUAAAAAAGCAACAUUUGAGAAGAGCCACAUUUUUAAUUAUUUCAAAAGAAAACAACCAAGUAAUAAUCUUCAUUCCAUAAAUAAUAUUAGCAGCAAACCCUCCCAUCAUUCUAGGUGGUAAAAGGUUUACAGCACAAGGAGUAAUGUAUACUGUAAACACUGCCUGAUCGUCUGUAAGCCUUGUCCUUACUGAGUCUAUACAGUCUUUAUCUCUUCACCUGCUUACACAUUCUAGUGAACUCGAGGGAGAGGAGGCAAUAACUGUUAUCCAAAAGCCAAUCUUUGAUUCUCUGUAGUGGGGUAAUGGCAGUGUUUGCAAGGGCUGAUUUCACUGGCCUUUCUUUUUUU